CCAUCCAUAGACUUUGGCACAACGAUGGAUAUCAUUAACCUGCAAAACCAGUCCAACGAGUCUUGGUCCUUUGUAUUCUUUAAUUGAAUAGUCAACGGAUCAACUGAUGGCACGGGAGUAGGAGGGGUAUAUAAAGAGAACCGGUGUCUCUAAGCAUUCAGAUCAGUUCAUACUGAGUUUAUGGUUGUAGUCGCGAUGGUAAUCUGUGUCUUCAAUAUGCGGUCUUUGUUUAUAUUAUCUGUUGUAGUUCUAUCAACAACUUAUGCUUUUCCUGAUCUGAGUGCCGCACUCGAUGAAAAAAUGAAGGGGGUCAGCGCUGAUCUUGACGAAAUAAAAAAAGAUCUAGAGCAAAAAACUCGAAGGGAUGUUGAUAUCAAGCCAGAGCCUGUUGAAUCAUGGACUGGAAAAUGGUUCCCUGAAAAGCCUACAGAAGCACCCAAAACUGGGGGUUCCGGCGGCGGAAUGGACGGCAAUAACAUGUGGAAAAUGAUUAACAGUACUUGUGACGACGGAAAGUCCAACCUGACAGUGGAUUGGAACAACAAUGAUAUGGACUACAUUUGUGCCGAAGGAGACUAUCUAGAACCGGACACUUCCUUGAAGGCUACAUUGGAGCAGGAGCACAUUCCUCCUAUGUACAUUGCCAGACAUGUUUGUAUGAAGUCUGAAAUUCCGUAUGAACAUCCUCUGCUCACAUUCGGACCUCAUCGACCAGCGUGGGCCAAGUAUGGUGAAUAUAAGUACCUACCUCCCCAGCGAUACCUUCACAACAUGGAGCAUGGAGGCAUUAUUUUCCUGUAUCAUCCCUGUGCAGCUCCGUCUCUCGUCAACAAGUUGAAGAAAGUUGUCAAGAGUUGUCUGUACCGUCACGUCAUCAGUGCUUCUCGUCUUGUGCCUAAAGAAAGGCCGUUUGUGCUGUUGUCGUGGGGCUGGCGUAUGCUGAUGCCCACCGCGGACACCAAGCUGGCCGUGGAGUUUAUCAGGGAACACGCUCUGCACGGCUACGAGAAGACGCACAGGGACGGUUACUACGACCAACUGCUGGUCGAUCCCGCUAAGGUGGUCAGCACACCAGAGGACCAGGAGCUGUGUCCCAAGUACAAGGACUUCUAGAGGUUUUUCUCAGCAUUUUGAUAUCACUUCACGUGCCAGCCAUUAGAUUUUUAAGAUUUAUGUGUGUAAGGGAAAAGUAUGAAAAAAUAAAAAGUGAGCUAUUGCAUUGUUUAGUUAGUCAAAUGUUAGAACAAUGAUUUUAAAUAUACUCAUUUCUUACAAAUAACUUUUAAAACACGAUUUAGAAUAACAAUUUUUUACCAACUGAAUUAUAUUAGUUGAACAUUUCUGUUAAGAUCUCUUUUAACUUUCAGUUUUGGAAAUUUGUCUUAAUCCAUACUUCAUAACUAGAGUUACAGAUAUGAAAUAUAAAGAUCUUUGAUUACCGUUAGAUGUUAUUGAUAUAAAUUAAAUAUUUUUGGAGUUUAAUUUUUGCACAAGCAGUAUUUAUAUGUUUGCGUUCCUGAUCUCGAUUAUGCAUUCCAUUGCUUGCAUUGAUUGUUACAACAUGCUUACAAAAUCUCAAUAUUACAAGUGAUCAAAAGUAUUUUAGAUUUUGUUACGAAUUUCUAAAAUUUAUUUUCAUAUUAUAUUUUAAAUAUUUAUUUUAUUAGCUUUUUAAGAAAUUGUCCUAAAAUAGGAAGUAUUGUAUUGUUGUCAAUUAUUUGUUGGUUAAAAACCAGUGAUCUUAUUAUUAAUUAGUUUUAUACUGGAUUUUUACAUAAUACUCUUAACAAAGUAUAGAAUUUGUAUAAAUUUUAUAGAAUAAGGUCGUAAGAAGGGUAUUAAGCCUUGUAGACCUUUUUGGUGUUUUCUAUAAGGUAUUUUUAAAAGCUGUGCUUUAAAGUAUGUUUUGUUUUUUAUUUGUGUCUAUUAAAUGAAUGUUUACUAA